CAAUUAGUAAUAAAAUAAUUCAAAAGUAAAAUGCAAUAAUAAUUAUCAAUUAUUAUAAACUUAUUUAUAGGAACCUCAACAUUUUUACCUAAUGCAGGAGUCUGGAAAAUCUUGGCACGUAAAAUUUCAAGAACUUUUGAAAUGUGGAAUUUGUCUCGAACUUUAUAAAGAUCCAAAAACAUUAGCUUGUCAACAUUCAUUUUGCAAGGAGUGCAUUUAUUCAGCUUUUCCAAAUGAUGAAGGUGUUUUUUUAUGUCCGACAUGUCGCUGUCCACAAUCUAAUCUUGCUUCUAGAAGCGAUAUAGACAAUAUGAUAUGUAGUUUGCAUCUUCGUCAAUCCUUGGAAUUAUUUCUUGAAAAUUCUUGUAGCAGCAACUUUGAAGAAUCAUCAAAGAAGGAAUAUAAUAAUGAUACGAUAGAUCAAAAAAAAGAUGGGCUUUCUGCCACCAAAUGUAUACAAAAAGAUAUAGGCAGUUUUAAGAAUUAUUAUGAAAAUUCAAACAAUCCUGAAAAUCCUCCAAGUUGUUCCAGUCAGGAGGAAGAUGAUUUAAAAAAGAAUUCUGAUUCAAGUUCUGAUGAUGAAUUAAGUUCUCAUGAAAAUGCAAACUUUCCGUGCCAAAAGUUAAAAAAAACAUGUAAGCAAAAAGUGAUCAGUAAAUUAGCUAAGUUAUGCUUUACAAACAACAUAGAGAACGAUUUUAAUGAGCUGUUAUCAAAGCGGAAAGAUUGUUCAUCUAAAAUAGAAGAAAAUUAUUCUGAAAAGAAUAAAAGUAAACCAGAUUCUAGAGAGCAAAACAUUAAUGUUAGCGAUGAUAAUAGCUACAUUUCAGGUACAAGUAUUCUUGGCAGUGCAAUAUCGUCCUUUCUUUCUCAACAAAAUGCUACCAAAGUAAAGGUAAAAGAAACUGCAUCUACUGCAUCCUCGCAUACUACUUAUAAAGAAAUGGAAUCAGCUGAAAAUAACGAAGAAAAUCGAGGGUUUAGAUUAAUGCAUGGAAACAAAAUUGGCUUUUUGUUGUAAAUUUGUUUUAAAUUGUUUUUUUUAAGUUUUGUAAAAUUCAUUUUUGUAUAUAGUUUUUUGUAAUUUCUUAUACUAUUUCUAUUAUCAAGAAAUGAAUUACCUAA